AUGGGCUCUGUGUCAAACCAGCAGUUCGCAGGUGGCGGCGCCAAGGCGCCGGAGGAGGCGCAGGAGGACGCGGCCCGGGCGGCCGAGGAGCCGCAGCUGCUGCACGGAGCCGGCAUCUGUAAGUGGUUCAACGUGCGCAUGGGAUUCGGCUUCCUGUCCAUGACUGCCCGCGCCGGGGUCGCACUCGACCCCCCGGUGGAUGUCUUUGUGCACCAGAGUAAGCUGCACAUGGAGGGCUUCCGGAGCCUGAAGGAGGGUGAGGCCGUAGAGUUCACCUUUAAGAAGUCUGCCAAGGGCCUGGAAUCUAUCCGAGUCACCGGCCCUGGUGGGGUGUUCUGUAUUGGGAGUGAGAGGCGGCCCAAAGGGAAGAACAUGCAGAAACGCAGAUCAAAGGGAGACAGGUGCUACAACUGUGGAGGUCUAGACCAUCAUGCCAAGGAAUGCAAACUGCCACCCCAGCCCAAGAAGUGCCACUUCUGCCAGAGCAUCAACCAUAUGGUAGCCUCGUGUCCACUGAAGGCCCAGCAAGCUCCCAGCUCACAGGGAAAACCAGCCUACUUUCGGGAGGAGGAAGAAGAGAUCCCCAGCCCUGCCAUGCUCCCAGAGGCCCAGAAUUGA